UCUAAGCAGAAAGCCAAGUCUGGGUUGUUUUUUUUUUUCGUCUUAUGUCUUCACACCUUGGAUGCAUCCUCUGUGACUUCCCCUACCUUUUGUGAAUCUGACUACAUUUUAUAGUUCUGCGUCCCCCUAGUCCUUAUGUCUUGUUUCACCCUUUUAGUCCAUUUGCCUGUGCUGUGUGUUUAUAAGGACUCUGGGCCCAGAGAAAAUUUCCUCCUUGGUUACCUCUCCACCUGCACCCCCGUGUACCCCAGGCGCAGCCCUUGGGGGUGGACCACACUAGCUGGAGAGCGGGGGCGGACAUCUGUUUCCUAGCAACGGGAUGCCAUAAGCAGAGGUCAAGACUGUCGUGAAGGAAGGUCUCUGCCGUAGCUGUUCUUCGGGAUAUCCACCAGCAGCUAGAUUGGAAAAGAAAGAUGAGCUUUCCUGGUUUUCCCUCCCCAAUUUCCAAAUGAGAUUCAGUUUGAAGUAAAUUAGUCUAAAAGAAGAAAAGACUGUCACCAACUUCAAAAGAAGCUGCCGCUGUUGCAUUGGAAUCUCAAGUGCUAAAAUGCCUUCUACAAGGAAAGUAAGAAUUAAAGAACCAGUAGAUCAAAGAGAAAUGUGGUGGCGGACAACAUUAAAAGAAACUCCCAUACCAGGUACCUACACAGUGCGAGACUUUCUGGAAGAAUCCCGUUUAAACCCGGUGAGCAAUACAUACAAUUUUAAAAAUGAAGGUAGAUCCAAAGUCUCUUUUGUGGAAUCGAGGAGAGAUGCAACACUGCCUGAUAUACCCGAGUACGUGCCUCCUAACUUCAUCGACCUGGUCAAUAAGCAGAUGGCUUCUUACUCAUUCAAAGACACCCCAAGGCAAAACCCCAGCACGCUGUGUCUCAAAGAUCAGAAAAUUGAUGUUUCACCAGGGCAAUAUAAUAUUGUUUCAGCACCAGUUCCCAAGUUCCUUGCCAGGCACUAUGUGUUCCGUUCUACAGUUCAGAGGUUUCCAACAUAUUAUUUUCUUCCAAAAGAAGGCCCAGGACCGGCUUAUUAUGAUGUGAAGGGAUCAAAUGUAAAUCCUAUCACAUCCUGUUUCCAGUCAAAAGUGCCUAGAUUCCUGCCAAUUCGUUCAAAAACACCAGGCCCAGGAGCAUACGCAUGUUCCCCACAGAUGCCUAAGCAGCCACAGAGUAUUGCCAAGAUGGGCCGAGAACACAGCAUUUUGUUCAACAAUACAAUUGGGUUUUGAGUAAAGUGGUUUGGGUCUGUGACAACUUGUUGAGUUUAAGUAAAGCCUUCCAUGAAAAAGAAAGAUCUUGUUCAUUCUUUUGGGAUCAGUAUAGGUUUUGGGAUAGGGAGAAACUAUUAGUAUAUAUUAUGAUUUUUUUUUUGCCAUAUAACGUAAUCCAAUGCCUUUUUACAGAGGUGUGCUGGUGUUAUAAAACUUGUAGGAUCAUCUCUUAGAGUAGUGAGAAAUAA